GUCCCUGGGAGAUUGGAACACUGAGAAGGUAAGCGAGUGUCGGAGCCACUUCCGCUGGAAGAAGGUUUUCUUUCCGGCUGGCCCGGCGGCGGCCCGCCCUCCCUCCGCCCCUCUGAGGCUCCCAUUUGGGCAAGGCCGCUGGACUGAUCGCCCUAUCCUAGCUGGAGUCGCCCGGGCCCUGAGGGCCCUAACCGGGUUAGACCGCGUACGGUACCCCGGAGCCGGGUCCUGAGGACGUCCGGAGCAAAUCGGAACUUCUGACCACUCCGCCUGUUUCUAUUAAUUCCUUCCGUAGGCUUCAGUCGAGAACUCUGACAUCCUGAUAUUACCAGAUCGAAUGCUAAAACAGCAAGAAAACGACCAGAACUCUCAGCUUCUUAAAUGUUGGUUUCUUUGGUGGGUCUCCACAUUAAAUGUCUUGAGGUUUCAAGAUCAUUCUUCAGAUGCAACAUAGAAAGAACUGAAAAGGAACCAAACUUUGGAGUAAGCCAGGAAAGAACUUACUGUAUCCAACAAUUCAGAUAUGGCAGAAGUGAAGUCAAUGUUCCGGGAAGUUCUUCCAAAACAAGGGCAGUUGUCUGUGGAAGAUGUAACCACAAUGGUGCUGUGUAACCCAAACUUUUGCCCUUAAAAUCUCUGACUCUGGAAAAAACUGGAGAAAAUGCAGCAAGCAGCACAGGAUACAAUUCACCAACAGAAAUGGCAGAAAAAGAACACAGCAGCAAAUAACCCAAUGAUGAGAACUUACUAUAGGGAACACCCUACCUAUACCUACCUACCACUUAAUAACUAGAAAACAGUCUGCAUCUGUAUACUGAAAGUAGUAUUUAAAUAAAACUGGUAACAUUCAUAUUCAUAUAAUGAAAAUAAAAUCCCCAAGAUUGAUAAAACUUGUGAAUUUAAACAGUGGUUUGUGUUGACCAGAAGCAGUUAUAACUUUGAAUCAAAUCUUACAGAAUAUUCUUUAACUCAUGUUUUAGAAUUGCAAAUUCUUCAUUCCCUACUGCUUGUGUUUAUAUUUACAGGUACGAGUGACUGUUAACUUGUAUAUACAGAGGAUCUUUACAUGUUUAUUAAAUACCUGAAUUUGAAGAUACCUUCUAAUCUCAAAGUGUUUGAGCUUAUACAUUACCUAAUUUUAAAAAAAUUUUCAUCAAUUUUGUGUGCCAUAUCAUGUUUAAUACUAUCUUGCCUGACCAGUAAUGAUCCUACCAUAACAAAACUGAUUUCUUCACCUAUUUUGUAGUCAGCUAGGCUUUUAAUUAUACUAAUUUUAAGGACUAAGGAAUUACAUGACUACCUUUAUCAUCCAAGUGUCAAAUACAAUUAAAAACCUGAAACUGCUUAUAAUUAUGUAAGCCUGAGUAAUAUGGGCUUGAAAGACAUGAGGUAAAAAGCUGUAUCUAAAACUAUUAUUUUUUUAAAAUCCUUGAUUGGUUUGCUGCAGUUGAUAGGCAAUUUAAAUUAUUGUAGACAUUGAGGCCUUGCUAAGUAAUCAGGCUCUGUAAAAGAGUUAGAAAUGUGAUCAUUCUUUAGAUAAUUAUUAUUUAUUGGCAGCUAGUAUUUUUUUCAGACAAUAGGUAAAUGUAAAGCUUUCAGUCAUUGCAUACCACUUUUUGUUAUGUGUGUAUAUAUGUAUACACAUGCACAUAUAUAUGAAAUUUCAUUGAGCUGUAGAUCAGAUCAAUAAAGUGUGUAGGCAUUUUUUUCCCACUAUACUCUUCAAAGUACUGUACUUUUGAUUUAAAUGUUUGUAAGUUAAAAAAAAAAAAAGUUUGUAAAGAACAUAGCUUAAAUUCCCUAGGUCCAAAUGCAUACCCUUGUAUGAUUUAACAUUUGCUGUAUGAAAUUAAAAAGGGUUUUAUUUUUGUUUUGCCAUGCUGAGGAUCAAAUUCAGGUACAAGCAAGAAACUAAAAAGGUUUUUUAAAGACCAAAAAUAAGUCUACUCCCAAUAAAGAAUCAACACUGCUUCACA